AUGCCCAGUGGAACGCUCUCUUCUUUGAUUUCUCCCCCACGAAUGGCACGGCGGGACGAGAGACAGAGUGUCCACCAACGGGAUCCAUCAACCCCCACGGAUGCGGCCAGGAGUUUUCGUCGUCGAGAACAACGACUCUCACGUCGAAAGCUGAUCCGCAUCGAAGGGCGUCCACCGCUUGAUGACACUCUUCCCCCCAUCCCGGAUCUAGGUGGCGGGAUGGGUGACAACAGCUCCGAAAGUCCGUCGCCGAUGCCGGACCAAAGCGCGUCGGCCGAGCCUUUCACGGGGCAACCUCUGGCAACGCAAGGUCCCACGGUAUCUCCCGACCAACAGAGUACGCCGUCGCCUUCUACGACUGCCACGGAGUCUCCCACGGAGAAAUAUAGAGCCAGACGGACGUCGUUUCCGCUGGUCCGACCACUUGCACCCUCUCCUCCUCCCUCGGCGAGUCCUGUAAGCCUUGCUCCGACCCUUCCAGAGUUGGGGUCUGUACAAAACUUUAACACACCCGGCGAUGACGUUGCGGUUCUCAAGGAUUUGUUACUGACGGGAGGAAUUAUGAUUGUCUUUCUGUCGGCCGUGUUGGCCUUUCUGUACGUCCAAAAAGGUGGAGGUCCGACAAAAGCCGCGGCGAACACCGUUGUCCCGGACGUGGACGACACCAACGAAUACUCCGACUUGGACGGUAUGCAUCUAGAAGAAAUCUACGGUCCUUCCAUCUGCGAGCCACUUCCAGUUGAUGCUCCGAGUCGGAUCGCGACUUCCGGGAUCACGGAGACCAAGGCAACCAAGGUCGGUUGCGUCGCAGGCAACGAGUACGAUCCCGAUCACGUUUCCGCUACCUUCUUCCAUUGUCUGCAUAAAAUUCAUCGAUUGUGCGAUACAAUGGACCGUGCACCCAGUCUCGAGUCGACCAGCGAAGUAAGCUCCGUCUCCAUGAGCGAAGACGAAGCGGUCCUGCACCUGGAGGUGUUCGAGGAUGCGGGCGACAUGAGUAUUUCAACCAGUGACGACUCUAGCGACAAUCUCAAUACUUGA